UUCUCCACAAGAGCAAGGCAAAUCUUCAAACACUUUCCUCCUUUAGAAAGCAGCUUAAAAGAUAUUCGAACAAAUUUUAAAGAAACACAUCUCCAGUUGUCGAUAGUGUUGCCGUGUGAGAGAGAAACCAUGCCACAGCAGAUGUUUCUUCUGUCGGUGGUAUCCCUGUGGCUUUUGGCUGGGUACUUCCAAGCUGAAGCAACAUAUUACAAUCACCCCUUGUACAACCGCCAUUUGUACAAUUACCGCCAUCGCAUAUUCAAUCACCAUGCCAGCAUGGACAAUCUACUGCCUCCAGAGGUACCAACAAAGGUUGAGGUACCACUGCCUCGCACCUUUCAUGGGAUCAUGUUCGACGCCGGCAGCAGUGGCACCCGCAUCCACGUCUACAAGUUUAUUCAGAAGGACCCAGCUGGGCUGCCAGUGCUUGACAAUGAAAUGUAUAAAGCAGUGAAGCCUGGAUUGUCAGCAUAUAGAGAUAAUCCUGAAGAGGGUGGAGAGACCAUCAGACAGCUGCUGAAGGUGGCUAAAAAGACCAUCCCCAAGGAGGAAUGGUGGCAGACCCCCGUAUUAUUGAAAGCCACUGCUGGCCUGCGGCUGAUGCCCAAGGAGAAAGCCCAACUUCUGUUGGACGAGGUAAAACAAAUAUUUGAUGAAUCUCCUUUCUAUGUGCCAAGCAACAGUGUCAGCCUGAUGAAUGGCACAAAUGAAGGAGUGCUGGCCUGGGUUACAGUGAAUUUUCUGACAGGUCACUUGUAUGCCAAUACUAGAAAAACCGUAGGAAUCUUGGAUCUGGGUGGAGGUUCAACCCAGAUCACAUUUCUCCCAAAAUCAAAGAAAACAGUGCAGAACGCUCCUCCUAAUUACAUUGCACACAUCAACAUGUUCAACACCACGUACGAUCUUUACACUCACAGUUACCUUGGAAAUGGACUUUUCGCAGCCCGACUGGCAACUCUUGGUGCGCUUGGAGCAGAUGGUCUUGACUACAAGGUUUUCACAAGUUCUUGCCUACCUAAGAAGUUCAGAGAAGACUGGACCUUUGGUGGGAUCACCUACAAAGUCAGCGGAAUCCCAGAUGGUUAUGCAGGAUAUAAACUGUGCUACCAUGAAACUAUGCGUGUGGUGAAAGGGAUCAUACACCAACCCUAUGAAGUCAAGGGAAACAGCGUCUUCUAUGCCUUCUCCUAUUACUAUGACAGAGCUGUGGAGUCUGGUCUUAUUGAUGGUACCAGAGGCGGUGUUGUGGAGGUCAGAGAUUUCAAGAAGCGAGCCAAAGAAGUUUGCAACAAGAUGACUAAAUACCGUCCUAUCAGCCCGUUCUUGUGCAUGGACAUGACCUACAUAACCGUGCUGCUGAAAGAGGGAUUUGGCUUCAAGGACAACACUGCUCUGCAGCUUGCUAAAAAGGUGAACAAUGUUGAAACAAGCUGGGCCUUAGGGGCCACUUUUGAUUACUUUCACAACCUGAACAUUCACUAA